AUGGAGGAGGUUUUCUGGAAGCAAAAAGCCAGAAAUUCCUGGCUCCAGGCUGGUGACAGGAAUACUCAACAUUUUCAAGCCUCAGCUCAAGAGCGCAUAAGGAGAGAAAAUAUCACAGAGAUCAAGGACAACAAUGGGGUUACGAUUACUGAGGAGGCGCAACUGAAGGCAGAAGCAGUACUUUUCUUCUCCUCGCUCUUUCAGGCAGAUCCCUCCUCCUCUUCAAAAGUUUUUCUUACUGUUAUUCCAUUUGUGCUAUCCCCAUGGGACAACUCUACUCUUCUGGCCCCUCCAACCCUCACUGAGACUUUUGAGCCGACGGUUGGGGAGGAUAUUCAUAAGGCUGCCCGUUAUUUUGUGGAAGGGGGUCAAAUGCCUAGAGCCUUUUCAGUUUCUCUGAUCAGUCUAGUCCCAAAGAAUCAAGCGGCUGCUAGCUUCGCUGAUUAUCGGCCAAUUAGUCUUUGUAAUGUUAUUUACAAGAUUUUCUCAAAGCUCCUAGUGACCCGAUUAAGUAAGUUCCUUCCAAAGCUUAUUUCCAUGGAACAAGGGGCUUUCAUGCAAGGCAGGUCUAUUAUAGAAAAUGUGGCUAUGGCGCUAGAGGCGAUGCGGAACAUAGACAAGAAAACUAGAGAAGGUAACCUCAUUGUUAAGCUUGAUCUUGAAAAAGCCUACGACAGGGUGGACUGGGUCUUUCUCAAGAAGGUGAUGAGGCGUUUUGGAUUCAGUGCUCGUGCUGGGGAAAUUGCUAGUUUUCGGUCCUUUUCAAUGGGGAGCCUACAGGGUUCUUCAAAUCGACACGGGGGCUCCGCCAGGGGGACCCCAUAUCCCCAGGGUUGUUCAUUCUUGCGGCUGAGGUCUUCUCCAGGAACUUUAAGUAGCUGGUGGAGAGAGGCUGGUGCAAACCUUUCAAUUAAGACUUUCUUAGAGGCUUUCCAAGACGUGUCUGGCCAGCGGAUCAACUUCCAGAAAAGCAGCUUUUUUUGCCCUGCCAAGAUGAGCACAGGCAGAAUCAGACAAACGGAAAGAGUCUUAGGUUUCUCCAAAGCUAGAGCGGGGGUGCAAUACUUAGGCAUUCCACUUUACAAGGGAAGAGUCUCCAUGGCCUCCUUCAAAGCUUUGUUGGAUAAGGUGGAGGGUAAAAAAAAGACGCAGUGGGUUGCAUGGAGCAAGAUUUCGAGACCGAUUGAGGAAGGUGGUUUAGGAGUUAGAAAGCUUAAAGAGGUGCUGAAAGCUCUGAGGCGGAAAAUGGCUUGGAACGUUAAAUAUGGACAGAAGGAUAGCCCAUGGGUAUUGUAUAUACGAGCUCGGCAUCGGUUGGAUUUGGAAGAGGGUAGAACGGCUACCUCAUCUUCCUCGGCAUCUCCCUAUUGGAAGGAGGUUAGAACUGAGCUCCCAAUGCUUGCAAAUUCAGUUCAAUGGAACGUUGGGAAUGGUGAGUUGAAUGUUUGGUCCACCAAUUGGACAGGGUUGGGGCCUCUUCAGUCCAUGGUGACUACUCAUAUUCCUCAGGAGUUGAUGUCCCUACAGGUUAAAGAUUUCAUUGGUUCAUCGGGUCCCUGUCCUCCAUCUUCCGUCAACCUGUUUCUGUCUCAAGAUCUUUUCAACUUUAUAGUUCAUAGCGGAUUUGCUACUUCGACCAAACCUCCGUCCUGUUUUUGGCCGCUAGAUUCUUCGGGUCAGUUUUCUUCUAAAUCGGCAUGGUGCCUGGGUAGAGAUUUAGGGCAGGAAAACUGGUGGAACAAGUGGAUAUGGCACUCUAAAAUCCGGUCGAAAAUGUCGCUGUUCUAUUAG